CCAAGAUGGCGGGCUUUGGGAAUCAUUUUGUUACUACCUUUCAGGCUGAUUUAGAAGCUAUAUUUUCCAAGGUAUGUGUCGUAUUUAAGUACUUCUAUAAUCUUAAAGCCUAUUCUUUUCUUUGCAACUGCGUUACAGCUUACCUUUGCAUUGUUAAAGAUCGCAGUUUACAGCCUAAGACAUGUAAGACCAAUUUUUUGAAUUUCGUAGGGUUACUCAGGUCUAGAUAAUUAACACGACAGCUUUCAUUUUUGGCAAAAACUCGUUUGAGAGUUAUUGUUUAUUUUAGGAAAGGAAGAAUUUGCUCGAUUUUAUCAAUGUGUUUUGAAAAAAUAUAGUCCAUGUUGCUGUGCGUCAAAACUGUAGUUACUAAAACAAGGAAUGACCUAAAAUGACCUAAAAUGACCUUGAGUGUUGUGCACAAUGACCAAAAAUAAUAAAAAAAACCCUUAAAUAACUUGGACUGAUGUCUAAGAUGGCUAGAAAUGAAUAUAAUGUUGACUGAUGUCUAAAAUAACCAAAAAGUCUAGCUAAAAAGAUCCACAAUAAUAACUGGUAGUAGCACAAUGAUCUAAGGUGUUCUGAGUGAUCUAAAGUGGCACACUAAGCACUCAGUUUGCACAUUCAGUUCUGUUUUUCUUUUGUAUAUCACUGGCAAUUACUAUUUUAAAUUGUUGCAGUAAAGUUUAAACAUUAUUUUACAUCAUUUUAGUCAGUGUGGGUUAUUUUUGAUCAUUUUAGGUCAAGACAUCAGUCAGGGCGUAUUUUAUGUCAUUUUAGGUUAUUCCUUGUUUUAGUAACUAAUGCAUCAAAAUGUGGUAAGGGUAAGAAAGAGGCAUGCAAGUCUCAACUGAGUGUCCCUUGUUUGUCCUCUAUUACUGAACAGACCAACGGCAACAUGGAAUCUACUUGUUGCACACCAUAAAGAAGCAAAAUAUUGUUAAUGGUGAUGAUACAUCUGUCCUCCAGUAAAUUAUUAGUAAGAGGCAACUGAAUUUCAUGCAUUCAAUUCAGCUUAUUAUAUCAAUAGAAAAUAUGUUUUUCAGUAUGCACUGGUACCUGAUGAGUACGUGGAGGAGUUUUACUUGAGUGAAUUUUAUGAAGGUAACUUAUUAGUUUUUGCCAUUUUCUUUGUUCAACUUGGGAGAUCUGAGAGUGAAUUCUCCCAUCUGAUAAUCAUGAGUUUCUUUGUUGGCCGAUUAAGUUCUUAUUUACCUGUCUCUGCAACAGUAUCGUAAAAUUUUACUUAGCACUAUCCACUGGCUAAGAAACUGCCUUCACAGAUUUCUGAGUUGUCUACUUUUUCAAAAAAAUAUUGUGUGGGUUAUUAAAAGUCAACUGUCUGAAAUUAAAAAAAAUGUUUUUUCCAGAAAGGCUUUUGAACAGACAACUUUCUUGAGAGUCAUUUUCACAUUCCAGAAUAUAAUUUGCUACUAAUCUUUCCUAGUAUUCAGUUCUCAAUUCUCUUGCUGGUACUUUUUUUUCAUGUGUCAACCAUUUGCUACUUUCAUCUUCCAUAGAAUAACACACAGACUCUGUAGGGCUGUGUACCUUUCUUCCUUGGACUGUAAGCCCUUUGCUUAAUGUACUCAGCCAUCUUCUCUGUAUAUUACGGAGAACCCUGAAAUUCCAAGAAUUGGAUUUUUUGAUGCUUCUUGUUUGAUCUUCCAAGCUUGAAGCAGGCAUUUCCUUAACCUUUCUGCUCUGUUGCAAAUGCUUAUUUUUACCCUGUGGAAAAUGUGUUGAUGUGACUCACUUUUUUGUUCUCAGUAUUUGAAUGUUUGUGUUUGUGUCUAUGCUCCAGCAGGGGUAAUUGUGUUCAUGGGUAAGCUGUGCGUGUGUGUGUGUGUGUGUUGGGGGGGGGGGGGGUAAGCCCCCUGAUUUGAUAUCAGUAAGUGUCUAUUGUUAGUUCAAGUGUUGUUUUAGAUCUUAGAAAGAAACUAUUUUUCAGUAAUCUGCUUCUUGAUCAGGGCAUUUUCCUACACUGCAGGUCUCAGAUAGCGUGUCAGGGCUGGCAAUGUGUGCUCAAAAUGUAUAAUACCAACGUUUCUUUUUUAAUCUAAUUACACGAAUAUUUUCUGAAUACAUUUGAAGUGGCUGUAUUAAUUUGCUAUGCUACGAUUGAUUGAAAUUUGAUUUUGAAUGGGUAGCAAAAAAUGGAAGGACUUUUCCCUUAACGGGAUAGAGUUGGAAGGUGUUGAUGGCAUGCCCCACCCAAACUUCCUUUAAAGCCACCCAGCUCUAAUAUCAAUUAUCUUUCCAAAGAUGAGAGUGAAACAGAGGAUGAUGGUGACCAGUACAGUGACCCUGAAGAUGACGAUGGCCAGGAUUCCGAUGCAAGUGGGCCUACCUCAUGUUACCCAGAAGAUGGACCUGGUGAGGGUAUAGUGUUUGGCAAGGAAGAUGAACUUUGCACGGACUCAGCCCCUACAAUAAAUGACCCUUUUACAACACAUGAUUACAAGGGAUGCAUCGAAGAUUUUGAAGGAAUAGAUCCUGGGAAAGAUGCCUCCAAAUUGGGUAAUCAGGAGAGAUCAAAGUAUGUACAAGAAAAGAGCUCUGAGGAAUUGCAGUACGAGGAAUUUAAUUCUAACAAACGCGUCUGUGAUGUAACCUUUACUAUAAAUUGUUCUAAAGCGAGUCCCUUUUCAGCAUAUCCAAGGUUGUCUAGUAUUUACAAGAAACCAGUGUCUGUUGUACAGCCGCUUACCUCAUCAGAUGCAAAACUUCCAAGUGACACCUCGUUUUCAGGGGAAGACGAACUGGACGGUGAUAACUCAAAUGGCGACUGCAGUCUUGCACAGGUUGUUUUGCAUUCUCGCGACAGGAUUGCUCUUGCUUUGUCCAUGGUCUCUGACGAAGAACAAGAAAAUUUUCCACAGGGGACUACUUCGAAGAAUGCAUUAUCACAAGGAACACGGGGUACCUUAACGGAACGUACUUCCUCACCAGGCCCCUUCUCACGAACUUUCUCACUGAAAGGGACCUCAUCGCAGAGUGUGUCUUUGAAAAGUACCUUUUCGAAAAAUUCUCCUGAAACACCUAUAUUCCCAGCUGGUAGAAAGUCCAAGGUAUUAAUCCAAAAUGGAAAACACUCGAAACCCACUUUUCAAAAUGGUGUCGAAUCCUGUUCAACAAUGACAGGUAGUGAGGAAUCCUAUCUUCAGACAUCUGACUCAAGCUUUGAAAAGAGGACCAACGAUGCUGCAGCUACGAGCUGCAAACUCAAUGAGGUGCUAGACCACGAGAGAAGUAAGAUUCUUGCUUCAAGUGAACGUCACCAAUUACGCUCCAGCGAAGAAAAGUCGCAUUCUACUCCCAGACGUCGAUCUCUAAAAAUCCUGCCGCCCUCCUCGGGCGAAAAAUUAAAGUGCUCGGUAAAACUUGAAGGCGUUUACCUUAAGGACUCGUUUCUCAGUGCUUCCCUAGCUCAGCAGCCGAAUUCUCGUUCCACAUCACACCACACAUUACGAGUUCCUGAUAAAGACACAGUCGCAGUCAGUCCGUGUUCAUCAGUCAAAGAGAGCAGAGCAAGUCAAGAACCUCUAAGACGCUCACAUCGAAAAAUUGUGACUAAUUCCGAAAAGGGUGGUUGUACGUCGGAAGAUAAUGCUAACAAAAAACGUCCGUUUAGUGAUCGAAUUGUGUCUCCACAUUGUAACGUCAAGUCUGGAUACAGGACAAAAAAGAGGUUAAAAGAUUUGGUUUCUAGCCCAAAAGAAACAUUAACAAGUACGUCUGUGGUAGCUAGUGGUCUACGUUCUAAAAAUUCCCGUUUUGGGUCACACGUGGGUAAACGGUUAGCGAGGAAAAGCAGUCAAAUGAAUAAACAAGACUGUCUGCCUUCAAAAAAAGCCAAAAAGGGUUCACCUACGCCUAUGAAGGGACGAAACAGGGAUAAUUUACAUGGGGAAAGAUCUUCAGGGCCUUUAAGAUCGCAGGACACAGGGAAGGCUACCAUGAAGGAGAGGGAUACGUAUUGUUUACACAGGAAAGAAUUCCAUGCGUAUAGAGCAGAACUGUUGUCGUCGAUCAAACGAAAUGUCCCCGCCUCUCAUGAAUCUUCACCAGAGCCCUUCUUGUUUCCUUGCAAAGGGAGAGGAACUUGCAAUAAAGAAUUUUGCUUUGAAUGCUGUUAACCAUGUUCCAUUUAGCACUUUUUAUAAAUGUCCUUGACGCGAAGGAAGCUGUGUUGGCAUACUUUGUUCACAAUAGUCCAAAUGAUGCUUUGAUCAUUUUGAAGUAAGUUAAGCCAAGCUCAUGUGCUGGCCUCUCAAGAAACUCUAAUGAAAUUUGUAGAAGAAGACGACUUUGAAGGCCAUUGAAAACAAAUACGACUCUUUUGACCUUUGAAUUUAGAUUUUAUACCCAGUGACUUUUUAAAUUAUACUUCAAAAGAUGUUGGGGCGUUUUGUAAAUCUUAACAGCAGGC